AUGUGGUGCAGCAAGAUGGCGGCGCGGUGGAGAUGGAAAGACGGGAAUUUAAAUGCCGGUAAAGGGGACUUUCUGGUCGGCAACAUCCCUGAUGAGGUAUCGGCUUCUCAUUUCAGCUGAUUUGGGUUUACUAUGACCUCACGUGACCGGGUUUCCGUGUUUUAAUGGGGGCUGUUUCGCCGGUGCACGGGGCCACAUGCGUGGAGAGCGACACGUGGCUUUAACAGGGUAGUAGUAGUACUGAGGAGGUGUCCGAUGAGUUGGCCGAGCCGCUUUAACUCAUUUAAGCGACGCCAGUACCUGUAAUCUUAUGAAGCAGAUUUACUAAUCUCCUCGGUCAGUGAAUUAAUCCAUAAAAGUGCACGAGACCGGCUCGUUUCCUGUAACGUACAGGAUGUUCAGAUGAGGCUGCACCCUCAACCCUGGCCUCUCAUCAAACACAAUGAUUAUUUAAUGUUUCCUCGACAUAUCUGUACUGCUGAGACCUCCAUUUACUAUUUAAAUUAGGUUGGCAGAUGUAUUUAUUGCUCCUCUGCCUCCCAUGAGUGUGAAAGUCAUAACAGUUAAACAGAAACUGAGAUCUGCUGCUGCUCUUGUCCCGCCUCUGUGGCCUCAUACGUCCUCUUAGUGGCUCUAACCCUUUCCUACUUGCACAGUUUUGCCCUCCUUUAAUUGUUAAACACAGUGGGGACAUGACUAUUAAACAGCCUGUCCUCCCUUGUCCACAUUUGAACAGACUGAAACCUUUAAAUUUGGUCGGUGUAAUUAAACCAAGCCCCAUAGACUCACACUGCAAUGUCGUUUUCUUACUGAGAUUAAGUGAAAAGUCUCAAAGAAUAAUGUGAACACUUUACUCACUGUACAUGUAAUGACAAAACCUGAUGUCAGCCAGUGAAAGACACCUGAAAUUCCCAGUUUUAAGUUUCAAAUGUUGGUUUUUGUUCCUGAAAUUGAUGGUGUUGGAGCGCAGCCACAUCUAAAUACCAGAACCUCACCACCCAAAGUUUCUGAUCACAUUUUACCCUGUAUUUCAAAUCAAACUUCACGUCUGAUGAUUUUAUUUUGCACAAUAUGAGCUGUUACCACACAUCUGCUCUACAUGACUGCUUUUAUUGAAGCUCUGUUUGAGUUUACAGCUUGCUCUUAUGCCCAUGAGGUUAAUUUUCAGCUUGUUCUGUCCUGUGGCUCAUACUCUGGUCACACCCAGGAAGGAGUGUCAUGUAAACCUGACUAAAGUGGGUGAAAUUCAGGGUGCGUGAAUGUUUUGUAAUGUUUAUUUUGUCCUCUCAGUUUGCCUUCAGACAUCAUGGUGUGGACGGAGUUGACAUGGACACACAGUCGGUCAUGGAUCACUCAAUUCUGGCCAUUUUUGAAGAUUCGGCCGUCACGUCAGAGGUCAGAGUUAUAAAAUAACGUCACUGUGAACUAUUCAAUUUACUCUCCAUUUGAGUUCUGUGAAUUUUAUUUAUGUGUUGUUCUCCCUGACCAUAUGGUGGCAGAUUCAAUAAAGGCUCAUCAACCAGCACAUCUGUUUUUCUCUUCUUAGGAUAAAAGUGAAGUGGAGGAGGAGGAGAGUGAAAACCUGCUGUCGGCCCUGACGGAGAUGCUGGACAGUGUGGAGGAUGUCAACGGCGCUUUGUCCCCUUUUGACACCCUGCCAAACUCAAAUCUGCUCUCACACCUGGAGCGAAGGGACGACUCGGUGGUGGGUACACGCUCGUGCACAACAACCCAAAUCCCUGAUAAAUACAUUUGAAGACGUUAACAAGUUUGUUGCAUUGCUGCAGUUUUUCCUGUUUUAAGUUAAAAUGACAAAAACUAAUAUUGCUUACUACCCAGAAAAAAACAGACUUUUGGAUAUCUUACUUUUCAGUGACAUAAACGCUUAAAGGGAUAUUCCGGUGUAAAUUCAAGUUAGAGUCAAAGACACCAUAACAGCGAGUUAGACACCCCCUUGAGAAAUGAAUGUUGCCGACUGCUUGCUUCUGUAGUUACAUCAACUUAAGCAACGAUAGCAAUACCCAGCGGUCUAUGUCUCCCUGUGCAAACUUCAACCAAAAAGCCACUCUAUAGCUAAAAAUAAUGCUCAGAACAGCACCUAACUUCAUCAACAGUAUAUAUAGGGUCAGAGCCAUAGUACUAGCCAUCAAACAUCUUUUGAGCUUUGCCGAAUUUUUUCAGCAAAGAGACCAAACACAACUCACCUACUCUCUUCCAGCAGCCGCAUGUUUGUGGAGGGAGCCCUGACGAGUCGAUCACCGAGUGCAGCGGGGUUUCGCAGCUCAAGGAAGAACAUUUAUGAUUAUUAUUUCAUGCAAAUGCAACCAGACUGAGAUGCUAGGCAGAAGAACUACAGCAUCUGCAGUGCAAAAUGAUUAUUAUGAUGAUUAUUACUUAAAGGAAAUGAUCUGCUGCACUCAGUGAUCGACUCGUCAGGGCUCGAGUGGCGUUUUGGUUGAGGUUUGUGGAGAUGUUGGAGAUGUAGACUGCUGUCUGUGUAUUGCUAUCGUGUGGUUGUUACUAAAGUUGGUAUAACUAGAGAAGAAAGCAAUCGGCAACAUUCAUCUCUCGAGGGAGUGUCUAACUUGGUGUUACUGUGUUUGACCAGAACUUAAAUUUACACCGAAAUAUCUCUUUAAGUGUCAGGUACUUUCCUGCAUUUAUGCUCAAUUUAAUUUCACAUCUUGGGAAGUUUUAUUCAACUGGUAUUAAGACAGAUGUGUUUGCUUCUUCCCUUAGCCGUACACGCUAACCAUACAGAAUAAUGUAUUAUCAGAUAUACACUUGAUUAAAAUUCACUUUCCUUAUUGAUACAGUUGGAAACAUUUUUAGUUUGUUGUCUCAACAAGAGUAUAAGUUUAAGUCAAGUCACACAGUUUGAAAAAGUGAACCAGACAUGCAUGAAGAGGAAAUCUACAAAAAAAGACAUACACAACUGAAAGAAGUCAGUUUCUUUUAAUCUGACAGUUUUUUCCCCUUCGUCUUUUCUCCAGGAACUAUCACUUGCUGAGAGACUUCGACCAAAAUCCAAAUCAACAAAUGUAACAUGUGCAGUUAAUAUCGAAAGAGAUGAAGAGGAUAAGACAGAGAGAGGAAGAACCAGCCCUCAAAAGAUGUUCAAACACCAAAGUGAAUCUUUGUUCUGUUCUCAGAAUAGAAAAGCAGAGCCUGAAGUUGAAGUAUUCACCUCCUCGUCUCUGGUUAACCUGGUUAAGAUCAUGCACUCCUACUGCCUGAAGCUGCAUGUGGAGGAGGACGAGGGAGAGGCGCUGAGGAGGAAUCACACAUUAUUCUCUCAGGGGGAGGUGUGGAAGUAUGAGAGACCCUCUGAAGAGAGCGAUGAAGAGAUAAAUGUUGUGUCUGAUGAUGAGGUCAAUGUGAAGGAGACAAAGACUAAAGAAGAGGGGAACGAUGGGAAGCUGCUGAAGAGCGUGUUGUUGAAUGGAAAAUCAUCCAAAGCGCCGUUAUCCAGAGAGAAGAAGAGGGUGAGCUUUGGCCCCGUUCAAGUGGCUUCAUUUGAUGAAUUAGAGGACAAAGAGAGAUUGAAUGAGAAGAAUUUAUCAAGUCAAAUUGUGUCAAAAGCUCUUGAAAAUCCUACUGGCUCGCCACUUGAAUCUCAAACACCGACCUCAGACAUUAGCUGUAACAAGACUGAGGUUUCAACACGCAGAGGUGAGACCAAGGCCAAAUCACUCAGCCUCCAACAGUACAGACAGCUGCGCAGAAAGAGACAGCCCCUAGUGGAGAAACAGGGCAACUACACCACCAAGUGGCCCUCUCUUCCUGAGCCCCCCAAAGAGCUGACCCCCAUCCUCUGUUUACAAGGACAAGUCCAAAUCAGCUGUGGACCAAAGGCGGCAAACAGAUACCCAGAGGUUGUAAGUAAGAGUGCUGACCUGCUCUGUAGAAGUCCAGCUCCUGUUCAUAAAACCCAGCACACCCCUGCCCCAACCAGACCUCCCCCCUCAGAGGGGAAACCAUCCAGCUGUCCACAACGCAGCAGAUUAAAGCGUCAAAGAAACGGGUCUAGAGUGGCCUCACAUGCAAGUCCAAAACAGAGAGUCACCACUAACACGAGCGUUCAUGUACCCGCGAGUAAAAUAAGCCCGGUAAAGAAAGGAGCACCGCUCAGUGUUGAUCCCCCAAAUCCUGUCCUCCUCCCGAUGCCGGCCAGCCAAACUCCAUCACCCUCCACCCUCCAGUCCUCAUCAGAGGUCAAAGCCAAGCUCCUCAGCUCAGACUCCAACCUGCUGCUGAGCUCUGUGCACCUCCAAGAAACCCAAAAGGAAUCCUCAGGGACAUCUCUCCAGCAAAAACCUCUAAAGCCUGAAGUGUCAGGACAACACACAGAGAGUACACACAAGUGGGAGACCACUACAGCCGUUACAGAACCAAAGAUUUCUCCACCAGUGAGUCCAAUGCAGACCUCCAUAGAUGAACCUGCACCAUCAGCAGAGGUUCUCCUCAGCGAAGCCUCACCUGAAGACCUCUCACCUCUCCAGUUUGGCGGUAGAGCGCAGAGUAGUACUGAUGACUCAGGUGAGCAUCCUUUAACCUACAUUAAAAUUUGUGGAAUCGACCAAUCAGGUGCCACCAGGGUUUGGUGUAUACAGGAUGAUCAGUCAGUAUGGAGAGCAAAAGCAGGCAGAACGCCACAAUGACACUGUAGCUGCCACCUGUGAAAACUGAUGAUGUCUGUAGACAGAAAUGUGCAGCCUGUUCUCCUCCAAUAAUUUACUCGACUUUACUUGACAGCGCGUUACAAAGUUUAUCAGCACUGAAAUUGAGACGCAUGUCUAAAAACAUCUAAAAAUUUGAGUUCUCCUCUUGCUAACAGUUGAAAAAGACUGAAUUUCUACUGAGUUUGUAUUCGUACCUCUGCAAACUGUUAAGUAGUAGGAAAAUAUCAAAGAAAUUUCAACAAUUUCCUCCGCAUCCAGACCAGCGGCAGAAAAGGCUGAUGGUUUCCAUGCAAGUUAAUGUGUCAGUUUCCACCAGCUUCUUCUUCGCUUCGUUCCGCUGCGGUUCGCAGGGCUCUGCAGUCAAUUGCCAGAGUUCUAUUUUUUCUAGAAGCUGCAGCAUGCCGGAUAAUUUCAGCACAGAUUAACCCGUGCUGGAAAGGAAGUGGGGCACAGACACAAAAUAAAAUGUCUGGCUUCUUUUCAAAAUAAAACACCACAUGUUUCAGUCGGAUCGUAUCUUACACCAUGCGAAUGUGAGCAGAGACAAACAAGUCAAAGAUUUUCAGACUUCAUUUCACCCCGUUGACACCAUAGAUGGGGAGAUGCUGAUUCUAGAAGUCUAGAAGUAGAUUUCCUCCUCUGGAAGGACACAAUCUUCUGCUUAUAUGGUUAUGUGGGUGUCUUUAUAGAGACGACCUGUUAUUGCGCCAUUGCAUGUGAAUCCGCGGGUUCUUGUGAGUUCUCGCGAUUCCCGCUGUCCGAAAUCCGCCUCACAAACGCCGUUCCGGAUGUGGUGGAAAUUGGGGGUAAGAGUUUGCUCGGACUGAGACGCUGAAAGUAUCAUCUGAAGUUUUCUUCUCAUCUCCCUCAGGUAUUGAAGCAGCUGAUAUGACCAGUCUGCUCGAACAGUUUGAGGAAACACAAGGUAAGAGAUCAGAUCAUAGAUGAUGCAGUGAUGUGAUGCUGAUGUUCGAGUCUCAUGAGAUCUGUCUUUGUCCAGCUAAAGAGAGGAGAGAGGAGCCAAAGCUUGAAAAUGCUACCUCACCUUCAAACCAACACAUAGACGGACAUUUAGACAAGAGUGGGUGGUCUUCACUGACGGCCCCUGUGGAAACACAUCAACAUUCAAGCACUUCAUCUGGGAGUCAGAGAGAUCCACAGCAGCUCCAAAUGUUGGAGAGCGUUGAAAUCCCAGAACCCCUCGGCACUGACAUCAUCCUCAGCACUGAACCAGCGAGGCGUAGACAUCCUCCAUCCAAGGCCAUCCAGAUCAUCGACCCUCGUCCUCUCCCACCCAAGAAGACACACGCCAGCCUCCCCGAGUUCCCUGCCGCUCACAUCCUCUCAUACAUCUCUUCAGAUCAUGAUUACUGUGGCUCUGUGGACCGUUCACUCUCAAACCCCACUCAAGAUAGCAGUCCUGCUGCUGGGUGUAAGAAUCAGACCUCCACAGGCGGACCUGACGCAACUACCAGGGCUGUCAGCUCCUCCGCUAAGUCUGUGCUGCAGGAUCCACCCGAGGAAUCCAGGACCAGAUCAGAAACAAAUCUGCCCUCGGUCAAAACUUUCUCAGAGGUUCCUGCUGAAAAGGAGAGCUGUAGUACACCUGAGUACAAGACGCCUCAGUGCAGCCUCCCAACACCUCCACCCAGCCCCGUAGUCAGAGGGAGGGAGAAGAGGAGGUAUCAGAGAAGGUCACCUCGCUCCAGCUCCAGCUCCAGCUCCUGCUCCUCCUCAUCCUCAUCAUCGUCCUCCAGCUCAACCUCUCGCUCCCCAAAAAGACAAAAGUAACCCUCUUCAUCUUUUCUCUCCGUCUUCUUUAGUCUUUUUUCUUUGUGCGUUUUCUGACUCCCUCAUUUUUGUCUCGCAGGUGCCGUCACAAGCGCUCAGAGAGCAGCUCAUCGUCAUCCUCCCGCUCUCGCUCCAUUUCUCACUCUCCACCCCGGCGCCACAGGUGGUCUUACAAAAGAACCAAACGCAGCAGGUCCAGAUCCAGCUCCUGGUCCAGGUCCAGGUCUCCGCUCAGAUCUAGAUCACCGUCACCACAGAUCUGCCACAGGAAGUGGAGAGACGUUUACAGGUGAGAUCAUGUUUGAGUUUCUCAAAGACAUCAAAUCUGGUGAAUUCCUCUACCUACAAAGUUCCUCGGGGUUUUCUAAGUCCCCGUGUUUCUCUCAUGUCAUCCUCUCCACAGCAGCAGAGAGUCGAGGCGGCUCAGGCGAGAGCACGAGAUCAGGAUCCAGAAACUUAAAGCUAUUGUGAGUAGAAGAUAACUGAGACGUUGAUUUGUGUGUUUGUGGUUUUCCUGGCUGGGUAACGGGGUAAUGAAGUCCAUCUUGUCACGCAGGACGAGCGUAGGGUGGUGUACGUUGGCCGCAUCUGCAGAUCCAUGACCCACGAUGAACUGAGGGAGCGCUUCUCUCAGUUCGGAGACGUGGAAUGUGUGUCACUCCACUUCAGAGAGAGGGGGUGAGUAUUAAUGCUUCAAAACACGCUUGAACUCUUUCCUCGCCAUCAAUGAGAUAUCCCGCCAAUCCGUGUUUCCAUUAUUAUGGCGAUAAACCGAAAAUUUACAGAUACUGAAAUUUAUGACAAUAACUGGUGUCAUUUUGCCCAUAUCGGUAUAUUCGGUGUCAAAUAAACAAAAGUUUGUUUUGGAUGUGUGUAGGUAGGCUAUAGUCUCAUGUCCCUUUAAGACGCUGUCCUACGUUGUAGCAGCUGGAGCGGCGGCUGAAGUAGAUGAAGUUAAUGUGGGAGGGGGUGAGCAGUUUGUGGAGGAGUUAUCGUCCAUGUAUGGUUAUCAAGGUGAACUGUUCAAUUUAUCUUGAUAUUGAUUUGAGGCCAUAUCGCCCAGCCCUAGAGCAAGGGGCAGGUGAAUAUGAGAGAGAAGGAAAUACUGCUGAUGCAGCCAAAAUCUGACCCAGACCAUUUGUUUUCACGGUGAUUGCACCUUGGCCUGUAGAUACAUCUUGCUGAUGUCUCUUAAUUUCAGUAUGUAACAUCUAAAACUGUCUCCAACUGAUCAGGAUGAGAAAGACAGAGAGAGGAGCUGCACUUCAAACACAAGUAUGACAUGCUUUUAAGUCCCCAAACCAGAACACACACACAGGAAGAACUGGUCACAGACAGAAACCAGACGACGAGUGAACAGUACAUUACAUCAGACAGCAUGUCAGAGCAGUACGCCCAUAACACAUCUGUCAUCAUGAGGACGCAGCUGCAUGCGCAUGUGGUUUGCACACGAACCCCCUGCUGUGCAGCUGUGUCUGCAGACAGAGAUGCUCCAAAAAGGUCUGAUGUAGACCACAGAUGAUGUCGUCAAUGUUACCAUAAAAAAAAAGAGGAGUUAAAAAUGUAAGAAGACUGUAACUUUCCUACUUUGAAAUAAGCUUUUUGUUGUACUUUAAAGGGAUAUUCCGGCGUAAAAUUAAUAACGACCGCACGAUAGCAAUACACAGCGGUCUGACACACAAACCUCAACCAAAACACCACUCUAUAGCCACAAAUAAUGCUCAGAACAGCACCUAACUUCAUCAACAGGACAUAUAGGGUCCCAGCCAUAGUACUAGCCACCAAACAUCUUUUUAGCUUUGCCUGAUUUCUUUAGCAAAGAGACUAAACACAACUCACCUACUCUCCUCCAGCAGGACUACAGCGGGGUUUCGCAGCUCAAGAAACAACAUUUAUGAUAAUUUCUUCAUGGAAAUGCAAUCAGACCGAGAUGUUAAGGCAGAAGAACUGUCGCAUCUGCAGAGCAAAAUGAUUAAUAUGGUGAUUAUUACUUCAAGGAAAUGAUAAAGGAAUUUAAGCCGGAAUAUCCCUUUAAAUCAAAUAAACAUAAUUUGAAUAUGAAUAAAUGGACCAAGUGAGAAUAAAAUACAUUUUUAUUUAUGAAUACAUCAAAUUUCUUUUAAAGAUUUCACGGAUUAUAUUUUCAUAGGACAAAAAUAUUUUAGGAGCUUGAAACGUUACAAAAGCUGGUUUUUAAAAAACGUCGACAUCGGCUGGAAACUUUUUCAUGAAAUGCCGGCGAGGAAAGAGUUAACAGUUAUUAUUGCACUAAUGAUUUUUCUGCACCAUUACUCUUUACCUGUCAGUGUUGAAACUCUGUAUCUAUUGUUUCCAUAGUGAUCACUACGCCUUUGUUACUUUCUACAACAUGGAAGAUGCUUUUGCAGCCAUCGAUAAUGGCGGGAAACUGCGGAAGCCCGACGAGCUUCCCUUCGACAUCUGCUUUGGAGGAAGACGACAGUUCUGUAAUUCAGACUACGCAGAUCUUGGUGAGACUCUCUGCACUGUGUCACUAUGACAGACAUCCUUGUUAGUGUUAUUUUUCAGUUAUCUGUAGCCAACAUUGUUCAAACCCUGCACUGUGGUGUUUGCAUGCUGCCUCGAAGAAACUCUAACACAAAGCUCCUGUUAAAAAAAGGAUGUAAAAAACAUCUUGCCCCUUAAAAAGGUACUUACAGUAGAGAAAAAACACUUAAGAGGGAAGUGUCUGUAAUGAAAGUGAAACAAAACUCGAUGUUCAUUUUGGUGCAUCUGAAUGAAAAACUUUUACACCGCCUUCAUUCUGAUGAUUGAAUGUCCCCCCCUCCUCUUCCUCAGAUGCAAACAGAGACCCAGACCGGUCUCCUGUGAAGAGCCGAUAUGAGGACCUGGACUUUGAUUCGCUGCUGAAACAGGCGCAGAAAGGGUUGAAGAGAUAG